UUAUUUAUUUAUGUAUUUAUUUAAUUAUUUCAUGCAGGCGCCGGUGCACAAUGAAAUAAUUAAAUCUGUCAACAUUAGCCAUCAAACUCAGUGGGCGGGCCUAACUCCGAUCGAUGCAGACCGAUUGGUUAGAUUGCACAGUAAGUCAUGAUGGAGCGAUAGCAGAUGCUGGCGAACCGCUCUAACUCGGCUUCAACCUUUUCUGAUUCCGGAGUUUGUGAUGUGUUCGCUGAUUCAGAGAUAAAAAUGGCAAAAAGCUGCCCAGAGCUGUUAAGAGAAGCUGCAGGUUUAAUUGAAGAAGCGUUAAGAAACACUCCUGAAGCUCUUAACACCCAGGAGCAGCCUUCAACCUCCACUUCCACCUCAUCACACAGACAACCUGUUUCAGGUCUGUAGCUGGGUAGGACAGACAAACAUGUCGCUAUAGUUAUUAGUAUACCAGUUACUAUACUGGUUAGAGCUAUUUUAGAUACUGGACCUGUGUGUCUUGUAAUGGGAUGUUAAGGUGAACACUUUUUUUUAACACCUUAUUUUCUGAUAAUUUUCAGAAGCAGUAGCAUGAAAAUAAGGAACUGCGGCUUUGUUGCCUUGCUACAAGACAACAUUUUCAGUUUUUUUCUUUGUGUUCAGACAUUUUUGUUUCUCUCUAUUACAGCCGAGGUGGCGAGGCUCUUUGCUCCAUACAGCAAUAACACUACACCUAGAAGAUAUGUUAGACGUCAAUUGCAGAGCGCUGCAAUUCGAUGCAGUUACUACACGCACACCUUCUGUUGCUUAGAUGGUUACAAGGCUGAUACAGUUCCAAGUGUACAGGAGAAAGCAAAUCUUGCAGCCUCAGGACUUGGAGAGAAAAAAAUAUCAUUCUCAGGAAAUGACACAGAUCCUAUGGUAGUAACAAACAGACUGAUGGAAGUAUAUCCAAAACUUCGAGAAGGUGGUGGUUUUGAGCUUCUCAAAAUUGCUGGAUCUACUCGCAGUCGAAGUCUGACAUUGCUCCCGUGUCCCAACCCUGGAUACACACUUGCCAAUCUGAAAGAUCCAGCUACAAUGAUUGGACAGGCUACAAUCUACAUACGCCCACUUCAACAAGACCUGCCUUUGGACUCUGAAGGUGCUCAUCGUGCCUCUGGUCCAGUCAUCUCCUGCCUCACUUGUCAGAGGGGAGUUCUUUUCUCAGAAAUGAAAGUGCACAGGGACAUCUGUAUAGGGACAUCCGUUCAGGAAUCAGAUAGGGAUGGAGAAGAAAGUCAUGGGGAGGCUUAUGUUAGGGAACCGGAUGUGGUCAGUGAGAGUUUCCCAGUAAGGCCGGAGUCAGCAGGGACAUCUGUUGCAAGUGCAGUAGUUGUGACUGACAGUGAAGAGUUUGAGCACAGAGCAUCAGACUGUGAAUGGGGGCUGAUUGAAAAUCCAGCUCAAGCUUCCAAAGUUUUCAAGGAGAGCUUACUUAUGGAACAUGCAUCUGGAAAGCCACUUAAACUAAAGAUGGAUAUGAGGGACACUGAGGAAGACCGAGAGCGUGCACUUCUGUCAUUCUAUAAACAGCAACGUGAAUGGGCAUGUCCUCUUCAAUGUGCCCUUGAUGGGGAUGCUGCUGUUGGACAGGGAGUGGUGCGAUAUUUUCUGACAACAAUAAUAUCCAAACUUCAGUUUGGAUUCAGUCUAAAUCUCGGUGGCACAGGUCGAACGCUGUUAUUUGAGGGUCAGCCUGACCACCUCGUUCCAGCCACAUCAGAGGCCCUUAUUGAAAGCAAUCUCUUCCAGGUUGCUGGAAGGAUGUUGGCUCAUUCCUUCUUGCAUGAUGGCCCAUGUGUGACAGGAUUAAGUCCGGCUAUAAUCCAUGUGUUGUUCAAUGGGGACCCAGAAAUUGCAACAAUUGUCACAGAAGACUGUCCCGAUCUACACAUCAGGAGCAUAAUAGAAAUGCUUGAAACUGAAGAACUUACUCAGGAGCAGGAGGACACUGUCUCAAAUCUAUCCAUGUCGUGGGAUCUUCCAGCAGUCACAAAAACAAAUAGGAGAUGGCUACAGAACAAACUGUUGGUCCAUGCUGUCAUUGGAAGGGCCAAGCGCCAAAUAAAGCAGCUAAGAAAGGGUCUGAAAGACGUGAUGGUAUGGCCCUUCCUGAUAUCUAGACCUGACGUUGUUCCACUGCUUUUCCCCAGAACAGGUGAAAUGCUCUACACUCCCCAGCUGCUCCUUGAGAAAAUAAUUUGGCCUGUUGGGGACAGUGAUGAUGAUGAUGAUGAUGAAUUUGAUGUUGAGACCACAUGUCGCAUUACUGGUUUUCUGCGCCUGUUCAUCGAAACAGCUUCACCAAGGAAACUGGCUGAGCUGCUAAAGUUCUGGGUGGGGUGGGAGUUGCUGCCAUGUGAACUCAAAGUGGAGCUGUCCAGAGGAUCCUUUCCUACAUCCACCACAUGCUUUGAAACUUUGAAGCUGCCAGUUCAUUUUAAGACCUACACAGAUUUUGAGGCUGCUAUUGUGGCUUCCAUAAAUAGCACAAACACUGGAUUUGGACUAGUUUAACACAACUUCCCCUUAGAAUCAUGACUGCAAAGCACCAAUGUGACUGCAGAUUUUCAUUCCAACCAAUCCCAAGCUCAGGUGAUCAGUUGUUUGAAGUGUGACUUAUUGAUUAUUCAUAAAACCCAGUCUGCUGCUGGCUGUUUAAAAUAAAAGCCUGAAGCCACACCAGUCUUUUCAAAUAAGACUGGACACACCCGCCUUAGGCAUUUUUUUAUAUACCCGUACGUCUGAAGUUCAAACCGCAGUUAUUUGUUUGUGUACUGUAUUUAGUCCGGUUACUUUUUGUUUCACACUGCAGUUAGUGACUGAGCGCACUAAACAACUUUACUGCACACUAUCAUCAUCACCAAGGUGAACAGAGUCCUCCUAUACCCUAUACUCAACACUGAUUGAUGUGUAGAAUGUUAUCAGUUAAGCAGUGUUACCGUUCCAGGUGUUGUACUAAAUCCAACUGCAGGCCCAUCCUGCAGCAGAAUGAGGGUAGCAGAAUCCCCUCUAAUUACUUUUAUUUCUGUUCCUAAAAAGGGAGGGGUGAUUACAGAACAGCAGUUCUUUUUCUAUGCAUUAUAUCAUGUCUCAACUUCUUCUUAUUAGUCCAAAAGCACAAAACAUAUGUUUUUUUCACACUGCAGAUGGAUUCAACCAUGGUCCAGUUGUUCUGGCCCUAGACCACCUCUUUAGGUUGGACCAAACUUUGGUCAUUUGGGCCAGACCUUGGUUAAUGACACCCUUUGAGCACCUAGUAAUUUGGCUCGGAUCAAAUUGAUAAGUCCUAAGUCUGGACCAACAAGAUUAGGCUUGCAAAAGGAAGAUAUUAACCCAUGUUUAGAAUCAAUCAGGCUGUUUAACAAAGUAGUUUAUUUUAGUUCCAGAAAACAAAGAAUUAUGUCAAAGUUCAUGCUGUUAAAACACAAUGUUUAUCGUUUUGCUUUUUAUUAACUGUUGUUGAAAAUGCAAUGCAUGUUGUUCUAGAGGUGCUACAAGAAUAAAUUAUAGCAAAUUA